CCGAGGGCGGUUGCGUCACUUUGGGCGCGACCGCUCGGCGUGCCGGAGCCGUCGGCACGUGCCCCGUGUCGUCCGCCGCCGCCGCCGCCGCCAUGAGCUGCCCGGUCACGUGCGCCGCGUGGGUGCGCCGCGGCGUUGCCAAGGAGACGCCGGACAAGGUGCAGCUCAGCGAGGAGGAGCUGAAGCGUCUCAUCGGGGAGGCCCGGAGCAGGCUGGGGGAGGAUGCUGAUGGUAGCGAUGAAGAAGAGCAAGGCCAGAUGGCAGAUGGCAUGGAUGUUGCUACUGCUGACAGAGCUGAGUCUUCUCCUAAAAAUGAAGACCAGGAGGAAACUAUUGAAAAGCUGAGUGAUGAUGAACUGGCUGAAUAUGACUUGGACAAAUAUGAUGAAGAGGAAAACUCAGGUGGUACAAAACUUGGAGAGACUCUAGCUGGUCUGGCAGUAUAUGGGAGCAAUGAUCAUGAUCCUUACAUCACUCUAAAAAAUACUGAUCAGUAUGAGCAGGAGGACUUCAUGAUUAAAUCCAGUGACAAUCUUGUGCUUUGUGGCAGAGUUGAUAAAGACUACUGUAGUUUAGAGGUCCAUGUUUAUAAUCAUGAAGAGGACUCAUUUUAUGUACAUCAUGACAUUAUUUUGCCUGCAUAUCCUCUAAGUGUGGAAUGGCUGAAUUUUGAUCCUAAUCCCGAAGAAUCAUCAGGAAAUUAUGUUGCAGUGGGAAACAUGACCCCAGUUAUUGAUAUUUGGGACCUUGAUAUAGUGGAUUCCUUAGAACCAGUCUUUUCCCUUGGAAGCAAGAAAGAAAAAAAGAAAAAAAAGAAAGGAAAGAAAGGUUUAUCUACAGAAGGAGCAAUGGAAGGACAUACUGAUGCUGUGCUUGACCUCUCUUGGAAUAAGCAAAGCAGGAACGUUUUAGCAAGUGCAUCGGCUGACAAUACUGUGAUUCUGUGGGAUAUGUCUGUGGGUAAGCCGGCAGCCAACUUGACAUUACACACAGACAAGGUUCAGACAUUGCAGUUUCAUCCAUUUGAAACUCAAACCCUUAUUUCUGGAUCUUAUGAUAAAUCAGCUGUGCUGUAUGAUUGCAGAAGUCCACAAGAUAACCAUCGAAUCUGGCGGUUUAGUGGUCAAGUUGAAAGAGUAACAUGGAAUCAUUUUUCACCUUGCAACUUCUUAGCAAGCACAGAAGAUGGCUUUGUGUACUGUCUGGAUGCUCGUUCUGAUAAGCCACUGUUUACUCUGAAGGCUCAUGAUGAAGAAGUAUCAGGCCUACAACUAAGCAGUCAGAUCAAAGGGUGCCUUGUGACAUCAUCUGCUGACAAAUACGUGAAAAUCUGGGAUAUCUUGGGAGAGAAACCGAGUCUAAUCCAUUCCAGGGAUAUGAAAAUGGGUGUUCUCUUCUGUGCAGCUUGCUGCCCUGACUUCCCUUUUGUCUUUGCUUUUGGAGGAGAGCGAGAAGGGCUGCGUAUCUGGGAUAUAAGCAGCAUCUCUGCAGUGAACGAAGCUUUUGGAAACAGAGAGAGACUUGUUCUCGCUGGUGUGAACACCGUGGCUUGCAGCUCUUUGGCCAACAGUAGCAGCAACAAUUCAGAGACAGCAAUGGAAUCAUGAUAGACCAAACCUCACAAAAUCAGCGUAAUUAAUGACACUACACAUAAAUGUGUAUUCUACAAUUUACCCUACUUGGAAAGCACUCAUAGAACUGACUUGAUUGUCUUGUAAUCUGCAGCCUUCUCCAUCUCAUACAAAGAAACAUGGUCAGGUGGUUAUGCUCAAAAGUCAGCAGUUCUAAGUUCCUGCCUCUGUCACUAGCUUUGAACAAUUAAAUUGCUUGUGCCUGAGACUAUGAUCCCUGAAAUAGGGGAGCAGCAGGAUAUAAAUGUGUAAAGUUGAUUUGAAAAUUUUCGCCAGAAAAAACAGUACUCCAUCAUCAAAAGUGUAUCAUAUGUUGCAAAGAAGGUAAAUCUCUUCUAUGGGCCUAAUGAAAAAUAUUUCAGAUGGAACUGGUGUAGUGUAAAACAAAUGCUGAACAAAAUGGCAAGUGUAAAUAAUCAUCAGGGGAUGUAUCCUUUGAGUAAUUGGUGGCUAGAUUUACAGAUUUCUAAUACAUUUUUAAAACUCUUAUUUAAUUUUUUUUUGUCUUGAGUGUAUUUCUUGGGCCUUAGUAAGGUCACCAGUAUCAAACCAGAACUAUUCCACCUCUUUCCCAUCACAAUCAAGAGUUAUUUUCCCCCAGUCCCACAGCUUAUUGCUUCUCCUAAAAGUGAUGUACAUUAAAAAAAAAAAUUUUUGAUUUCAAGUAAGAGCUUCUAUGCAGAAGGAGAUGAAAAGUGCUGUCAGAACACAAAAUUUGAGCAAGAAGCUCAGCUAGUCCCUUUGUCUUGUUAAAGCUCUCAAUUUUCUGUACUUGAGUUCUUAACCUCUUGCAUUUUUGUGUGAAACGGGAAGGAACAGAGAAAAAAACCUGAAUAUCAGCCUAACCAUUGACUUAACCACUAUGGUUUAGAGCAGCAGAAACCUAAUCGGGGAAUAUGACUCAAGCACUUUCCUAGCUUUUAAAAUAAAUCUUGUAUCUUAUCCUGGGCCAGAAGUUAAAUCAUAUUCUUACCUUUCUGUAACAUGCUUCCUUCUCUGCAUAUUGACAGCCUGGGGGAUGUGCAUGCUGCAAAAAUGUCCUGGGAGUCAAAGUGCCUGGUAUUAAAGCACCUGUAGUAUCUGUGCA